AUGUCUUACAUUGAUUCUCUCGACGGAGCCGUCGUCUGCUUCUUCAACUAUGGAACUGGCACUUGCAUCGACCUUACUGAAGGUAAACCUUCUACUCCUUUCCGUUUGGCAUCAUCUAACUCGCUCUGUAAGGCAAUACGGCCGACGCCACUCCCAUCAUUGGGUACCAGUACCACGCUGGUGAAAACCAGCAUUGGACACUUCAUCGAAUCGAUAAUAGCGCCGUUUGGCCCACAUGAUUGGGCUGACCUUGCCGUAGCCAAUAUGGACCUCCUCAAUGGAGGAAAGGCUGACGGAACGAAGAUCAACGGCUACAGCGGGCCCGCGACAAACAACACCAACCUCCACCAACUUUGGCGUCUUGUCAGCGCUGAUCCUGCCGGCCGAGUAAUUAUGAUCCAAAAUGUCGGUACUGGUACAUACGUGGACCUUCUGAACGGCAACUCCGCCAACUCAACUCAGAUCUCUAGCUAUUCGGGAAACGUUGAGGCUAAAAAUGAACAUCAACUUUGGCGCGUUCUCCGCAUCGAGUGA